CAACAACAACUCACACACUUCAGCUUCCAGCUUUCAAGACAACUUUCUGCUUCCAGCUUCCAGCUUUCAUCAACCUGCUACUUCUAAAGAAGUUACUGCACACUGCAACAACCAAAUCCACUUCUAUUGCGAAUACUGUUUCCAAUCAAUUCAAUUGAUUUGAUUUGGAAUCAAAUUCAUUCACGUCAAUCGGCGCCUGCAAGUGUAGCUCUGCAUUGUCAGGACGCGUCUUCCUUGUCAUCAACCGACACAUCAAUCAUCAUACAUCCGCUCAGCAUCGCUGCAGCUUCUUCCUAUCGCAUUCUCACGACAGAAUCGCGACUUAACACCCAUAUUCUAUUUUAGGCGCUUAGACGCGUCUUUUUGGUGCUUAAUUGAUACACCAUACAUACACCUACUCCUACCCAACCCUUGAUUCCAUCCCCGACGCGUUGCACGCGUGACGGGAUACAAUGGAGUCGAGAAGUAGUAGAUAUCAAUCACGCAUCCUUAGAGAGAUGCAUCAGAAUACCGAGAACCCCUUUAAUUCACCACCAUCAUCUACCGGUACUCACGGAACUAUCACCCUGACUUCUAACAUUACGAUGGGUCCUCAAGGAGAAUCGACACGAAGGAUGGACGACGUUUCCAUCGAUCUCCCUAGUCAAGCUGCCAUGCGCAGCGCUAAAGCUCCCCAAUCAACUUCCUUCAACGUCAACACAUCGGCCCUUGGCCGCACUUUCCCCGAAUGGAGUCGCUGGAACCCCAACGGUCCUGAGCACAAGGAUACGUGGGAUGUUGCGAGCAAUGACCUCGCUAACCUAGACGAGAAGGAGAACGUCACACCACUGGGAAGCCCAAACUCCAUAGCCGCUACCCCUCGAGCGGACAACAAUCACCAGGACAAUCCGAUUAAGGCUACGGAUGCCCACAAGAGCCGAACCACCACCGCGAACCGAGACGCCGUCCGAACACGUGCUCAGAUGCAGCCACGAGUCCAAACUGAGUCCGAAUGCUCAUUGGACCUCUCGGAAUCGUUGGCGCAGCCACAAGAAGACACGGAGGAUCAUGGAAUUCACCGACGUGUAUCAGUACCCAUCUCAGGAAAAGGUCCCAAGCCUCGUCGCGGCAACGUCACAGCUCUUCUCGAGACGCUUAAGACAGCCCAAACCAAACAGGCCGAGUCCAAGGAGCAAUCUGUGAAGCAUAGUUCACCAAAACCACAACAGCCAUCGCUACAGCCACGGAAUGCUGCUAAGGCGCACAUGGAGCGACCAUCGGCACUCAGCCAUACGGCGGGUCCUGCUACUCCUAACCAGACUGCCCGAUCUUUCUUCCUACCGAACUUUUCCUACAUAAACGACUUUCUAUCCGGCACUCUUAGAUUAUCAUCUCUUAGAAAUGGCAUGCCCAUUUUCGUUAAACACGGCAAAGUACACGACCGCGAGUCGACAAGCUCCCCUGACCAUCAUGUUGAUGUCGAAGCAAUUGCUAUCCCCGAAGAUGAGGAGAAGAUCUUUGUAUCUCUAGAUAAGAUCAAGGACGAGAUUCACGCUUUAAAAGAGCAUGAUGAGAUGGUUUCACGACAGGCGGAACAGCUGCAAGAGGAGAUUGAGGACCUUCAGAUCCAAAUUGCUAAGUACAAAUCUCGAAAGGACAGUGCCAUGGGCUCCGACUCAGAGAGUUCGAUCAUCGAUCACCUGAAUGCCCAGAAAGGUCAACUAGAAGAGCAAAUCAACUCUCUGCAAGCCCGUCUAGAUAAGGCCAAUCGCAAGAUCAGCAUCAACGAGAUUCACACCGAGUCUUACGUCGCUGAACGUGACGAAGCUCUCAAGAGCGCUACAGAGCAAUCGGACAAAAUCAAACAACUUCAGUCUGAGCUAAAUACUGCUCGUCAACAACUCGAGUUGAUGCGCGAGGAACAUACUGAGAAUGGCAAUACUCUCGAACUGGAAAUCAACUCCCUACGCAAGGAUAACAACUCGGUCCGUCAACAGUGGAAGUCUUUACUGGAGGAGAACCGCUCUCUUCGCGAUUACAAUAGCGACGUGUCCCGUCAGAAUGCGGAUUUGGAGCAAGACCUCAAAGCUGCAAAAGCUCAGCUUGACCUGAACAAGGCAGAUAUCGAAACACUCCAGCAAGAGUACACCGUCCUUCUGGAAGAAAAGGCCAUGAUUAAGGAGGACAACCUCAGCUUGGAGUAUCACAACGACAAGUUUUUUAACGACAACAAGGUUUUGAAACAACAAAACUCUUUGCUUGAUCGACGUGUACAUGAUCUCCAAGACGAAGUCGCUCGGCUUAAGAAACUGCUCGACGCUACGAAUGCAGAGACCGGAACAAUGUCUGUGGAAUUUAAGGAUAUCAAAUACCGACUUGAAGUCCGGAACCAUGAGCUUUCUGAAGAGAACGCAGGACUUCAACAGCAGAUUAUUGAUCUCCAGUCUGAUUUUUCAUCUAAGCGUAUGGCUAUUGAUCAAGAGAAGCGCCGACUUGCCACAGCAAACGAGCGACUCAAGCAGAAAAUCAACCAAAUUACCAGGCAAUUCGAGCAAAUCGUAAAGGACAGCAAGGAGGAAGCUGCUAUGUACGAGGAGCAAGCGGCGACCUUGACGCAGCAUUUGGAGCUUAUUGCCGGCAAGGAGUCGGCUUUGGCGAAUAAGUUGAAGAAAACCGCCGAUAGACGGAGGACAGACGCUAUUAACGAGGCGCGCCAGAUUACUCAAGAAAUCAAGGACUUCAUGAGUACCGUGGAUGAGAAGAAGCAAGCCAAGACAACUCGCAUCGUUGAGCCAAAGGGAAAGUCGGUUGCCAGUGAGACCACUGCUAGAAGCACAACAUCCCAAACCGACAUGCCCCUUCAAGACGAUUACACUCAGCAGAUCGACCUUACCCAAGGAUCUGACUACGCAAACGUCUUUACGCAAGAGGAAAUUCCUGAAUUGCGCGAGACUCUCCGCCAAGCCCGUAGCGAGACGCAACAAGAAGAUUUGAUUAAUGAAUCAUUGGCUUUUGACGAUGAUGAGAUAAGCGAUCAGGACAGUCAAAGUCUGCCACCUCCGUUCUUAUCCCAAAACCGAUCCCAAGCUGCUGGUUCUCACAGAGCAGCUUCCGGCGCGUCUAAGGGACGUGCAGAGUCGGCCAAGCCUCAGCCAAUCGGGAUUUUGAAGGAUACCCAGCCCUCUCGUCUGAACUCGCAGAAGCAGCAAAAGGCGACCUGUACCGUUACUGAGACAGAUACCGAGGAACUGUACGAGCGGGAAAAGGUAGAGACCACCACGGGUGUGGGAAGGUCUAAGUCAGAUGAUACCAUUCCUCGCAAAGUUUCAUUCGGUCGGCCGGAUAUUCAAAAUGAGCGCGGAAAGUCCCGCUCGGAGCGUGCUACUAAGGAUCAACGAUCCGCAUCAGAGCCAGAGCUCACCGGACGAUCCAGCGUCAAGUCCGGUGCUAGUGCAAAGCGCUAUCGAAGCACAGUUUCUGAGAAGGAUAAAUAUUACCGACACUGUCCAGACAGCCCGCGAUUUGCCGCCGACUCCGACCAUGAAGAUAACAUGACUUCAGCCUUGUUCAUUGAUGACAUCACGCUUGAGGAGGAUAAGACAACCGAGAAGCAGAAGGCUGAUAAGGGCGAACUUUCAAAGAAUGCGAAGCGCAUCCUCGAUGUUUUCGACGGCGACCAUGACUGCAAAAACUGUACCAUCUGCACACGAAUCAACACAUACCAGUGCGCAAAACGCGGAAUCGACUACAAGACCAAAUCCAUCAUCCGCGCCCCAAAGCCAGUUCCUGUGACGGAUCGAGACUCGGGUCAAGCUGAGUAUGAAGAUCAGUCUACAGUGCGUCCGUCGAUUAAGCCGGGCGAGGCAUUGGCGAAGGUUCUUAAGACUUUGCAAGAUGAGGAGAGGCAUAUUCUGUUGUCUAUUAAGGAUAUAGAGGAACGGUACAACAAUUGCGACCCUUCACUUCACCGAAACCGAUGGAAGACGUUGGGCAAGAAGAGUACAAAGUUGAGACAGAUGCGGGAUCUCCGAAGAGAUCAGAUUUACUUUCUGUACGAUGCUCUCGAGGGGCAGAAGGCUAGUGGUCAAGAGAUGACCGAGGAAUUUGUGGAAAUUACUGUAACGAAUGCGAUGUCGACUGACACCUCCUUCAAGGGCAUUCAAGAGUACUACUGAAUGGGAAUAGGCGGAGGUCAGGAAUCGGCGUUUGGUACGAUGUGGCGGCGGUAAAGGAAAUUCGUUCACUGAUUGGAGUUAUGGUUAUUGGGGUUGGUUGGUUUGGUUGAGUCAUGAUGAUACUCAUGCAUGGAUGGCGUUCUAUAAAAAGGGGUCUGCAUGAAAAUGCACUGUAUGGUUAUGGAUAGAAACCUGUUACCCCUAGGUUAUUGGCCAUGGGCUACGCGCAACCACAUUACGGGCGCCGUGACAUUACAUAAUGGAAUGGAUCACGAUAUUCACAUUCAAA